AAUAUAUAAACACCACCCCCGCCAUCUCUUACUCUUCUAACUUCAAACUCAUCCAGCAAUCUUUCAUCACUAUGUGUAGGUCACCGGAUUACCCACCAGUUUCAAAGGAUCCGCAACAUUCAGAUCCAUUCACAAUCACAGCUUUCUAUGUUCGCGUUCACCCUUCACUGUUCGAAUUCCAAGACCAUGAACCCGAUUUCCUCACUCUCCUCCUCAAUCCUCACCCCGCCUUUUCUCUCCGUAGGAUACGGCUUCCCAAUCACGAAUUUGUAUACGCAAGCAAGCAGAAUGUGCGAGCCACGACCAACGUUAUGAGGUUUCAACUCUUCGAUGGGAAAACCAAGCUGUUGAAAGGGGCUAUAAGGAUAGGAGAGGACAAGUGCGAGGUGAUCCCUUCAAUUUUAGGGGCGGAGAUUUGGGUUUCUUUGGACAAUAAGGUUGCUAUUGCAACAAAAUCUGCUAAGACGGUUUGUAACAACAAAAAUAUGAUCAAGAAGAAGUCAAAGUUAGAGGACAUUCCAGAGGAGGCAGAGCUUCGUGCUGAUGAUGGAGCUAAUCCAGAAAUAGAAGAAGCCGCCAUACACUUGGAAAUGGAUUUGGAAGUACUGAGGAAAGCCAUGGACAUGGGGAUUUGGGCACUCUGCCUGGGUUUCGGUUUCAUGGUUUCCAAAAGCUUCCAUCACAGCUUCCGUGCCCGCCCAACAUUCUUUUAAUAUAUAAUUGUCGCCAUCUUCUUGGAAAAUUUUUGGUUUCUUUUUUUUU